AUGUCUUCCUUCUCCCUCCUUACUCUCUUUAAUCUCCGGCACAGUAAACACCAGUUUCCUGAUGUCGUCGCUACCUCCACCCUCUUGAUGCCGUCAUUACCUCUGUUGGUGCUCCUCUACCAUCCCGCUUCUACCUUAAGUCGAAAUGAGAAACUGGUGGUUACGGUGUCCGAAAUUGGGGGAGGAGGAGGGUUGCUCUUGAAUAUUCCUGAUUAUGUUUUUUUUUCCUUUUCUUUUUUUCUUAUUGAAGAUGGCGAUCAAGAGGGGGUAUCAAGUUUUGGCGUCCAUAGAAACAGAGGUGGUGGUGGAUCUCGUUUUCCAGUGUUCACCCUUUUGUUAAUUUUAGUUCUUGCUCCCAUGGUGUUCUUCGUUGGACGUGAGAUUUAUUCGGCUGAUUCAAUUGAUCAAAAUGAUUCCUCGAUUAAAAUGCAUGAUGUAGAUUGGAGAACCAAACUUGCUUUGCAACACAUCAAAUCUCUUCUCUCAACUGAGGUUAUUGAUUUCAUCAAGGCCAACAGAGAUGACUUGGGACCCUUGAGUCUUGAUUCUUUUCGUAAACAAAACUUUUCAGCUUCUUGGAAGUUUUCAGGACAAGAAAAUGUGAUUGAUAUUAGUUUAAGUUCUUCUGACAUAAUGUGGCAACUAAUAACCAAGAAAACCCCAAAAGGCAAACAAGAUAAUGAUCAUUCUCAAUACGUGGAGACACCCACAAAGCUAGCUAGAAGGAAACCGAGAGACAAAAGACGUGAAACACGAGCAACUGGUUUAAUGAAAGAAGAUGAAGAUGUAAGUAUAAAGCUUGAAAAUGCAGCCAUUGAAAAAUCCAAAUCGGUUGAUUCUACUGUUUUGGGGAAGUAUAGUAUAUGGAGGAAAGAGGUUGAUAAUAAGAACAUAGAUACACCUGUUUGUUUGAUUAGAGAUCAAAUCAUCAUGGCUAGGGUUUAUCUAAGCAUUGCAACUAUGAAAAACAAGACAAACAUGGCUCAUGAGCUACAAAUCCGACUUAAAGAAAGUCAACGUGCUUUAGGAGGUGCAACAACUGAUAUUGAUCUUAAUCAAAGUGCCCCAGAGAAAAUAAAAGAUAUGGGACAAUUGUUGUCAAAAGCUAGAGAUCAACUUUAUUAUUGCAAAUUACUUAUAGGGAAGUUAAGAGCUAUGCUUCAAUCUGCAGAUGAACAAGUUCGUAGCUUGAAAAAGCAAAGCACUUUUUUAAGCCAAUUAGCAGCUAAAACAAUUCCAAAUGGAAUUCAUUGCUUAUCAAUGCGUUUAAAAAUUGAGUAUUAUCUUCUUUCACCAGAAAAAAGAAAUUUUCCAAGAAUUCAGAAUCUUAAAAAUCCAAGUCUAUAUCAUUAUGCUCUUUUCUUUGAUAAUGUAUUGGUUGCAUCCGUUGUUGUCAAGUCUACAAUCAUGAAUGCUAAAAGUAAUGGAUCUUUGAAGAAGUUAAAGCUUUACCAGCUGUUUGAUGAGCUUCAAGGUCAUGAAUCAAAUGUUGCACAAACUUUAAGAGAAUUCUCAGGAGGUCCUAUUGCUCUUGUUAGUUCUUUCGAUCCUCAUGUAUCGAACCCCUCUGCUUCGGACCCGUUCAAAUCUGUUAUCCCAACCAUUCCACCUAUCCAACCCUCUCCACCAACUUUACCUGCUUCUGCUAGUUCCAACUAUCAGUUUGAUGGAGACCUCGACCCUGAAGCAAUGGACUCCGAACUACGCUUUCAACAAGAAUUUUCUUUACUUUCCAUGAAAUAUAAGCGUCCCUUCAACCCACUUACAAACUAUAUCACAAUUGUUUCCAAUAUCCUCAUCAAAGUAAUCCCUAAUGAUUUUCCAAACCUUCGGAAAAUCCACCUGCUUAUAAACACACAUCUCUACACCAAAUCAUACCUCGGAAUCCCAUGA